UACUUAAAAACUGUUGUAAUUGUGUUCUUAUCAAUAUUGGCCCAGUUGACAUGUCAAGAGGGAGGAUUUGCCUAUUGUACUCGGUGUGCCACCUCAAACAUCUGUAGCUAUGGGCCGGCCCUGGUGUGACCUAGUGGGGGUGUGAGCGUGAGCGGUUCAGUCAGCGGCCACAGCCAGGAGCAUAACACUACGCACUGAUACACGUGGUAAUUUGUUAUGUACCAAGGACUACAACUUUUAAGUGAAAGACUUAACGUUUAUGCAUUGACAAGAAAAUCGUACAGGCAGCAUCGAAUGAUUUUUGAAAGAAGUAGAGCAGCGGCGAAGAAGACAACACCACAAAAUAUAGCUUGGAAUGUCAACAGACUGCAGCAGCAACAGUAACUGCACGGAGUCCACGAGGCUCUUACCUGGGGAGGAUGACAAGAGGUGCCCCUCGUACCAUGGUGGUGAGGGUGACGACAGGGAAGUCCUUCAGCCGGCCCACGUCACCACCACCACCAGGUUUUGGAUCCUCGCCGUCUUCUGCGUACUAUCGUGGGUGCAGGGUGUGCAGUGGAACACUUGGGGUCCCAUCAGUGAAAGUAUGGGUGCGGCCUUCCCUGGGUGGGGGGCGUCCACUGUGGCCAUGAUGGCCAACUGGGGCACCAUCAUGUUCGUGGUGUUCGUCUUCCCCAUGAGCUGGGCCACGCAGCGUUAUAGCCUGAGGGCGGGGGUCGUCGCCAGCGCUGCCCUUAUCUUCGUCGGCACAUCUCUACGCUGCUUCACCCGGACCGUCCCCACCUUUACGAUACUGUGUCACGUGUGCGCGGUGCUGGUAGGGGUGGCCAGUACCUUUGUGUUAUCAGCACCGCCUCUCGUCGCCUCUCACUGGUUCCCACCCCAGGAGAGGACAACAGCACUGGCCUUGAUGUUUGGGGCGAGUCAGCUGAGUGGUGUGGGGAGUUACUUGGAGCCCCUGCUGGUGAGGUUACCGACUCCUCACGCCUCAAUCCUCGACAUACAGGAAGACGUUAUGCUGGUUCUCUACAUUGGCGCAGGUGUUUCCGGAGCUUUGCUUGUGGCUGUUAUCAUCUACUUCCCGUCCAAGCCCCCCACACCCCCUUCCUUCACCUCCGCCACGGCCAGACUGGAGUUCUUCACCUCCUUCUCCGCCCUGGCCAAGAACGGUCGCUGGCUGGUGCUCGUUGUGACCUACGGCGUGGUGGUGGGGCCUUCAAUCGCCUGGGGCAGUGUCCUCAACUACUCCCUCCUCCCACUGGGCCUCCACCAGGACGAGGCCAUGUGGGUGGCCCAGACAGCGAUGAUCGUGUCCAGUAUAUCGCCCGUUGUCUCCGGACGCUUCACUGACCUAUUCCAUGGCCACGUGAGGACCUCCUUGGUGCUGCUCCUGCUGGCCACCACCUUCUGCUACUUCUGGUUCCUCCUCCUCACCUACGGCGUCAUCCCUCUCACCAAGUGGCAGGUAUAUGCGUCAGUGGUGGGAGGGACGGCCUUCAACUAUGCUACCAUUCCGCUCUUCUACGAGAUGGGGGUCGAUCUGGCUUACCCUGCCCCUGAGAUCCUGGUGUCUGGAGCCAUCACCGCCGCCGACAACCUCAUCAGCAUCUUCUUCUUCCUCGUCUUCUUCAUCCCUAACGUCGGUUACCAGUGGAUGACCUACACAUUGGUCUUCUCCACCUCUGUCUCCAUCCUGCCGCUGUUGCUCAUCAGGUUUAGGUACACGAGGUCCACUAUUGAUGCCCAGCAAGUGUGAUCCAUUGUUGUCAUCCUCACCCGUCAUCCACAACCCAAUAUGUCACCCGUCAUCCUCAGCUCUGACGAGAGGCAGCGACUCCUCAGUGCUUCGUAUAAUAGUAAUAAUAAUGAUGAUGAUUUUUAGUAUUAUUAUUAUAUAUUUUAUUAUAUAUUUUAUUGUUCCCUGACAAUUCAUCUUAAAGUUAUAUACAUAUUAUUUGUCGUUUAAUUUAACUUCACUCAUAUGUAAAUGUUCACAUUUUAAUAAAUAUUUAUUUAUUUU